UUGUGCCGCAAAAACAUAAUUCGCGUGGAAACAUACAUUUUUGGUAUAAAUUGAUGAGACAAUUGGUGGAAGAGCAUCAGUUCCAACGGUUUCUUCGUACAGCAAAGUAGUCUCCUUCAUUCCAAUAAACAUAAAAUCAUCGGAGCAAAAUGAAACUCUUCGUUGUCGCCACUCUUGCGUUGGUCGCCUUCGCUUCGGCUGAUGUGAGCCAUUUGUCGAGAUCAUACCUGCCACCCAGCCAUGGUGGUCAUGGUCAUGGUCAUGGUCACGGUCCCGCACCGGCUCCAGCACCUGAAUACUUGCCACCUUCUUCCAACUAUGGUGGUCCAUCAUACUCUUCGGGUGGUGCUGGCGGUUCUUACUCUUCCGGUGGUGCUGGUGGUUCUUACUCUUCAGGUGGUGCUGGUGGCUCAUACUCCUCAGGUGGUUCAUACUCCUCAGGCGGUGCUCCUGGUCCAUCAAACGAAUACUUGCCACCUGUGCAAAGCUACUCACCACCUGCCCCAGUCUACUCUGCACCAGCUCCAGCUCCAGUCUACUCUGGCCCAUCAUACUCUUCAGGCGGUAGCGGCGGUGGAUACUCCAGCGGUAAUGCCGGUGGUUACUCAAGCGGCGGUGCUGGCGGUUACUCAAGUGGUGGUGCCGGUGGUGCUGGUGGAUACUCUAGCGGCGGUGACGGUGGCUCUUACUACAACGGCGGUGCUGGUGGUUACUCUAGCGGUCGUCCAGCUGGCCCAGUAUCUGGCGGUGGUCACUCCAGCGGCGGAUCUUACUCCAGCGGUGGUUCCGGAUACUCUGCUCCAUCCAACGAAUACUUGCCACCUUCCCAAAGCUACUCUCCACCUGCCCCAGUUUACUCUGCACCAGCUCCAGCUCCAGUCUACUCUGGUCCAUCUUACUCCUCAGGCGGUAGCGGCGGUGGAUACUCCAGCGGUGGUGCCGGUGGUUACUCAAGCGGCGGUGCUGGCGGUUACUCAAGUGGUGGUGCCGGUGGUGCUGGUGGAUACUCUAGCGGCGGUGACGGUGGUUCUUACUAUAACGGCGGUGCUGGUGGUUACUCUAGCGGUCGUCCAGCUGGCCCAGUAUCUGGCGGUGGUCACUCCAGCGGCGGAUCUUACUCAAGCGGUGGUGCCGGAGGUGCUAGUGGUUACUCAUAUGGUGGUGCUGGCGGUGCUGGUGGUUACUCAAGCGGCGGUGCUGGCGGCUACUCAAGCGGCGGUGCUGGUGGUGCCGGUGGCUCUUACUAUAACGGCGAUGCUGGUGGUUACUCUAGCGGUCGUCCAUCUGGCCCCUCAGGCGGUUCAUCGUACUCUGGCGGGGAUGCUGGCACUCAGUAUGGCUCCAACGGUGGCUACAUCUACAGAAGGAAGUAAAUCGCUUGGAACUGGGAUUAGUUCAAUUGUUUUUGUAAAUAGAAUACCGUGGCAAUAUUUUGUUUAUUGUUGAAUUGCUUAAGGUAAAUCAUCCUUAAACCAUAAAAACAACUUUAUACCUCAUUCCCUUUGAAUAGCAUAUUUAGUGUAAAUAAUUCUUGUUAUUUCAAUGAAAUAAAUUUUUGUUUUAAAAAAUUAA